UCUGUGUUCUCAAUCCCACUAACUUGUCCCCUCAAAAGAAAUAAAUAGGGUGGGGGCUAAGGAGGUGUCCCAGCUCCCUAGGAGGGGGGUGAGUCAUAGGUAGGAAGCUGCCUCAUGCCAGGAAACUUGCCCUAGCUCCUACCCCAGGAGGCUGGGGGAGAUAAAUGGGCCUUGAAGUGGAGUAAAGGGUCAGCCUCAGGACUGUUGCCUGGCCCUAGCCCCAGCAGCCCCAGCCGUCUCAGCCUACCCCUGAGGACCUUGGUGUAGCGGUAUGAAUGACCUUGAGUCGGGAUGGGAAGGGGGCCUGGGGUUGGUGGAUGGAGAUACCUGGACCUGGGAGGCUCUGGGGUCUCUGCUUGCCCUGCUUCACCUGCCCCCACUGCUGUCCUUCCUCAAGCAGCCGUGUGCUCAGAACCUGUCUCCAUUUUGUCACUCUGGGGUUCUCUGAGUCUUUCUUUCCCUCCAGCUGUCUCCUGGACGGCUGGUCUCUUCCUGCCUUGUCUCUUUUCCUGUCUUCCCCUCUCUUGCUUUGUCUCCAUCCCAUUCACCUUCCUCUUCUUCUUCUGCUCCUCCCCCUGCUAAUCCCCUUUUUUUUCUCUGCCUCUGAUGCCAAUCUGUCCUUAGCUCCCACGUGUUCUCCUUCUGUUCUCAUUGGAGUUUUUAGACAGGGUCUCAGUUUUGCAACCCAAUCUGGCUUCAAACUCAGAUCGUGCCUCAGCCUCCCAACUGUUGGGAUCAUAGACAGACACCACCCUGCCUAACCUUACCACAUGAUGACCAGGUGGGCACUGGUGGUGGUCCUGGUCCUGAUGUUGGAUAGGAUCCUAUUUGUCCCAGGAACCCCUAUCCCCACCUUCCAGCUCCUCCCUCAGAACUAUCCAGAGACAACUCCCGUCUCUGUGACUUCAAAGAGCCACUCAGGUAUCACCACAGAGCCCUCGGCUUCCUGGAGCCACUCUAAAGCCAGCCCUUACCUGGACACCCGUAUCAUUCUCUCCCUGGAUGUCCCCAUUGGCCUCCUACGAAUCAUACUGGAACAGGCUCGUCACAAGGCUGCCAGGAAUCAGGCUGCCACGAAUGCCCAAAUACUAGCCCAUGUUGGCCGCCGCUGAGACUGAAGAAGGGGAUCAUAAAGAUGGGGUGACCCUGGAUGAGAAGUUGGAGGACAGCCACAAAGCUGGACAGUACAUCUAGGCCAACCACAUACCCAGAGAUCACCGUAGUGGACUACCGCCAUAGCUUCCAAGUAUCUACAGUGUGUUUAGACAGCUUGGCCAUGUAGUAUCUUGCCAUACUUCUGAGACCCUCACACAUAAUAUGUUUGGGCAUCUUGGGGCACUAGCCUGUAUGUUCAAUAUGUGGAAUCUUGCCAUGCCUCACUGUGUCUGGCAGUCACAGAGCAUCUAGAUACCACCAUGUGAGCUCCAUCCUUAAAUAUAAAGAAGAGUCAACACAGGACCCCGGUGCUGCACCUGAGAUCCAUCUAAGGCCCACAGGCCUUGGCUCCCCCACCUGAGGCUGCUAUACCAGAGAGUGCUGAAGAGGGCCAUGUGGUUGUUUUGUGGUUUUGUUUUUGUUUUUAAAGACAGUCUUGGGCUGGUGAGGUGUCUCAACGCUUAUGAGCCCUGGUUGCGCUUCCGGGGGUCCCGAGUUCAAUUCCCAGCAACCACAUGGUGGCUCACAACUAUCUAUAAGGGGAUCUGAUGCUCUCUUCUGGCGUGUGGAUGUAUGUAUAUGCAGCAGAGCACUCAUACAAUA